AUGGUUCCUCGGAGCCUCUGCCUGGCGCUAACGUGUGUACUGAGUGUCUGCACUACAGCUGCAGCCUGUGGAAACGGACAGAGGGUGGUAGAUGGCCAAUGCUGUGACCUGUGUCCCCCAGGUACGUUCAUGAAAGGUUUGUGCUCAGAGCAGAAAGGUUGUGGCCCCUGUGAGGAGGGCUUCUUCUCGGACAAGUAUCACUUGUUUGGCUAUUGUGAGAAAUGUCGGUCUUGUCCCCAAGAGGUUUCGGUGAAAUGUACAGCGACCACAGAUACGAAAUGUUCGUGCCGCUCUGGUUUCUUGUGCUCGGACAAUCUCUGUUCAACGUGUGAAAACAACACAUGUGUCGUGGGGGAGAAGCUGAACUGGACAAACAAGACCUUGACCGACGGGUUGAUAAAGUAUUCAUAUACGUGUGAGCCUCAGCGUGAUGUUUUACCAGAGACGCAGAGAGAAGGACCGGACUCCAAUCAUCUAACCCUCAGCAUCGUCAUAGUUUUGCUUUCUCUCACCCUCUUUGUGUCUGUGUUUUACGGCUGUAUGAUGAACCGGGGGAAGCACAGAGAAUAUAACAAUCCUGUGGAAAUUGUUGCAGUCCCCAACAAUGCCAGUAACUUUCACCUGUCAAAGGAGGAGAGUGGGCUUGAGCUCAUCAUGCAAGAGGAAUCCAAGAACAGCAACAGUUUGAGCCUUCAGCGUCUGUAAAAAGUCACCACUUGUUGUAACAAAGUGUAAAAUGAGAUGAUGAGUCUGUGUACUAAUGAUGUCGGUGCAAUGGUACAGAGAAAACGAUUAAGGACAGAGAUGCAAAAUUAAAAGUCCCAGGGUUGUUAAAUACCAUCAUUUGUCUGACAUAUGAAGGUUUAAUUAGGAAAGUUUGAAACCAGUCCUACAUUCAGAGGUUUGGAUGAGAGCAGUUCUUUUUUCUUAUUUGAUUCAAUAAUGGCUUAUAUUUACACAUUUUGGACACAUUAAACUCAAAAAGUAACUGACAUAUUUUAUAUAUUUUAAUGGAUAUAGUGUAUAGUAUGUAUAUAGGGUAUCUUAUACUGUUGAUUGUGUCAAGCCCAUCUGUUGCUUUUCUUCUAACCCCUUUAAAAUGAUGGAAUGUGUCCGCCUGUUGUGUGUUUGUUUUGUUAUUCAUGUAUACGUUAACGUAGGGUAAAUGAUAAACGGCGAAUAAUAUAUUUAAUAUAAUAGUUUUCAGGGAAUUUUUCUUUUUUUUGAGUAAAAAGUAUGGAAGUAAAUCUGUGCCAUCGGUGGUUGAAAUAAAAAGUUGAUUGAAUUUCUAGCACUGAAUAUUUAUGCAUUGAAAUUAUGUACCUGAAUGUUUUUCAACAUUAAAACA